CCCCGCGGCGGAGGAGGGGCUGCUGGGAGAUGUAGUCUUCCCGUAGGGCUAUCCCGGCAGUCGGCGCGGCCGCUCCGAGUUACCUCACGGGAGGGCUGUUCUGACGCUGCCAGGGGCCCGGCACAGCCAUCCUUCGCCGCCCCUCCGCUGCCGGACCCGAAGGGUGGCGGCGAUGUCCGGGGCCCCCCGAGCGGCGCCCUGCCCCGUUAGCAAGGCCGCUCAGCCCUGUGCCAGCAGGAGCGGGGCUCCGUGGGAGAAGCCAUUUCCGCUCUGGUUGCCGUCAGUUCGGGGCCCUUGUUCCCGAGAUACUCAAAGCCGUGUCACUAAGGAGUGGUUCCUGCUGCCGCUGUAUAGCCAGUGAUGUUGCUGAGGUCAUGUGAACGUCCUGUCCACUAUCCUCUGCCCGUCCACUUCUGUGAACAGUCAUUACGUGUUUUCAGCUACGCCUCGUCACAGUCUUUCACCAUUCGUUAAAAAUCUGUAUUCGAAUCUUCUAUUUUUCCAGUCGAAAACCGUGUGUGCAGGUCUUUCAUGUGUGACCUGUGAACCUUUAUCGAUCCCUACAGCCCUGGGUGUUUUUAGGAGCACAUGGAGGCAUGUGACUGGUCUGGAGAGGGGCAGACCAAAGACUAAGUCUUGAAAACAUGAUUCCUGCAACUGUUCACACUGUCCUGAGUGCUCUAUAUUUAUGCUGCCACAGAAAGAACUGGUUACACUCGGAGGAGAAACUCAAGAAGCACUAAGGACUGAAAUGCGCUUGCAGCUAAAGUAUCCUCAUCAUGAAUAGGUACACAACUAUCAGACAGCUUGGUGAUGGAACUUAUGGCUCUGUCCUGCUGGGGAGAAGCAUUGAAUCUGGAGAGCUAAUAGCCAUUAAAAAAAUGAAAAGGAAGUUUUAUUCCUGGGAGGAAUGCAUGAACCUUCGAGAGGUUAAGUCUUUGAAGAAACUAAACCAUGCCAAUGUAGUAAAGCUGAAAGAAGUUAUCAGGGAAAAUGAUCAUCUGUAUUUUGUGUUUGAAUACAUGAAGGAAAAUCUUUAUCAGUUAAUGAAAGAAAGAAACAAGCUGUUUCCAGAGUCUACAGUUAGGAAUAUAAUGUACCAGAUCCUGCAAGGGCUUGCAUUUAUCCAUAAGCAUGGAUUCUUUCACAGAGACUUAAAACCUGAAAACCUCCUUUGCAUGGGACCAGAGCUUGUGAAAAUAGCAGACUUUGGCUUAGCCCGAGAAAUCCGAUCCAGACCUCCCUACACAGAUUAUGUAUCUACUAGAUGGUACAGGGCUCCUGAAGUCCUUCUGAGAUCCACCAGCUAUAGUUCUCCAAUAGAUAUUUGGGCUGUUGGCUGUAUAAUGGCAGAGGUUUACACACUGAGGCCUCUCUUCCCAGGAGCCAGUGAAAUUGAUACUAUAUUCAAAAUUUGCCAAGUUUUGGGGACACCAAAGAAGAAUGACUGGCCUGAAGGCUACCAACUUUCAGCUUCUAUGAAUUUUCGCUGGCCUCAGUGUGUACCAAACAACCUGAAAACCCUGAUACCUAAUGCUAGCAGUGAAGCAGUCCAGCUCAUGAGAGACAUGCUGCAGUGGGACCCCAAAAAGCGACCAACAGCUAGUCAGGCACUUCGCUAUCCAUACUUCCAGGUUGGGCACACCCUGGGCAUUCUGGAACUGGGGAGACAAAAGGAGCAGCAUAACAAAUCAUCUUUGCAUAUCAAGCCUGUCCCUCCAGCACAGCCCCCUCCAAAAUCUCAUGCCCGCAUUUCCUCAAGGCCUUUUCAGCAAAGCCAACCUUCUCAGCACCUGGUUUACUCAUGUAAGACAGACAACUCUGGGACUGAACGCAGUAACUUCUUACAGGAGGACAAGUCUAACCAGGUUCUUCUGCCUGCAAUUCACAAUAAGGUUCCUCAGCAGAAGACAUCUUCUGGGACUGAGAAUACGAAUGGUGAACUCAAACCAAAAGCUAGGCGAAGAUGGGGACAUGUUGCUAGGACAGUGAAGGGUUCUGAAGACUGGGAUGACUUGGAAGACCUUGAUUUCAGCUCUUCCAUUACAAGGAUGGACUUGAAAAACAAGAAGAGACAGAAUGAUGACACUCUUUGUAGAUUUGAAAGCAUUUUGGAUCUGAAGCCUUUGGAUGCUGCAGGGUCUGGCAGCAGUGCACCUUCCCACCCCACCUUUCCACAGCCAGACACUCCCGCUGUGCGAGUUUCUGCAGCAAAACAACACUACUCCAGACAUUCUAGGUAUCUGCCUGCAGGAAUAAGCACAAGAAAUAGCACAGUCUCCACUUCAAACAAAGAAUCUGUUCCGUCUAAUCCCUGGCCCAGUUCUGUUUUGCCAGGGAAGCCUUCAGGUUUGGAAGGAAGUACUAACAGGACAAAUUCAGGUUCCAUGGGAUCAGGUGGUCUGACAAGUGGUUAUGUCCCUUCAUUUCUGAAGAAGGAAGUAGGCUCUGCUGGGCAGAGGGUUCAGUUGGCACCAGUUGUGGAUCCAUCUUCUAAUUAUGCUUCUCUGAAGUCAGUAAGACCUCAUCCUGGACAGCCCCCAUUCAAUUCACCUACAAAAAGCACACUGAGGUUGAUGCCUCUCCCUCCCCCAGCGCAGCCAAUCCUCGGGCUCCGUGUUGAUUGGGCUGCAAAGUAUGGUGCUCACCGGUGACUGGGCUGGAAAUACCCUCAGAACCAGGGCAUGCUUCUCAUCAGGUGGUGGCUAAGAUGAGACAAUUUGAUACUGUUUUAUAUACCUGUAAAUUUCAAAGUAACAGAUCUUCUAUGAAUGAGACGUUUUGAAGGGUUUUUUUACUUUUAUUUGUAUUAAUUUGAAUGCAAUCUUGUACCUUUUUGUAUAAAAUAGUUUUGUUUUAUAAUUGGGUCCAGUUAUUUUCAUAAGUCUGAUAUGUUUUGUAUAUAUGGCUUAGGGGGGUUGGCAUUUUUAUAGGACAAAUUUUAUAACAAACUUUUUAAAAAUUUUAACUUUUUCGUAUUAGAUUCAACUUUUUUUUAUAAAUGCGGCAAAAAAAAAGCAAAGUGGUGCAAUAUUGCAGUGGAAGAGAAGUGCUGAGGAAGGGGCAUUCAUUAGACAUUUUCUGAAGUUUAUGUGCUUAGUGAAGCUGUAUAAUUUCAGUGAUGCCAUUUCUUGAUGCCAUGCUUCUGUUGUUCUAUACUCAUUUGCUUUGUACUGACAUCAAAGGAAUGAGCAACUAGCAGUCCAUAAUCCCCUUUGCAAUCACUGAGAAACUUCUGGAAGUCAGUGGAAGACUUCUUAAAAAGAUUUAUUUUUGCCUUUAAAAGGUUUUUAUUGGACUGCUGUCCAACUUUUCAGUUCCAUUCUUUUGCUGUUAUCAAAUGUGGGGAAUCUUCUUCUUUGGUGAAGGGAGAAUGCUCUUCUGUAGAUCUGUUUUCUGACAGUGCUCUUUUCUCAGACUUCAAAGUUGCUUCUUGGCAUUGUUCACUAUGAAACAAAUAUGGACCUACCUCUUUUAAAUUAGUUCAAAUUAUUUCUUAAGGGGAAAAAUAAGAAUCUGAUUUUUCUUUUUUUAUUGUCAUUGAAAAUUUAAGAUCUGGAGACAUAUUUAAGGAAGUAUUAACAAUUAUAAAACUGGUUUCAGAGUAAGAAAAUUUUAGAGAUAUGCCAGCAGCAGAAUUUAAGGAAACAAUCUCCAUGCAGCUGACCACAUUUUCUUAACUGUUGUAAUUCAGUUUUGGGGAAAAAAAGUAAUCCAGAGGAAAUUUAUCAGCAUAAUCUUACUUCAGUCUGUCUUCAUUUUAAUACAUAUCCACUUACAAUGUGAAGAAUAUGUCAGCUUCUGUAAAGCUCUACUGGAAAAAUGAGACGUUGCCUGGUCCUGCUAAAAAGCAUUCUAAAAUUGUGGUUGCUUUCAGAGAAACUGAUACAUUUCUUUGCAGAGAAAAUUAAUUACCAGGUUAUAGAGAAAAGGAAGUAACCCCAUAGACUGGUUUAAUUCUGCACUAUGGAAAUGCCAGAGUCCGUCCAUCAGCAAAAGCUUCACUUAGGUCACAGCCAUCAUUUGGCUGUUCCUGCACCUCCUCCCACAGCAGGAAGAUAAAACAGUCCAGUGCUGUGGGAGAGCAUCUUUCAUAGCUGUGUUAUGGAACAGCAUCACCUGAGCUGAAGCAUGCUAGGAAAAUGCAUCUCCUGUAGAGGUGUACAGUAAUGCUCACCUUUCUGGUUUUGUGAACAGAUCAGGCAAAUCAUGUGUUUGUGAAGCUUAAAUCCAACCAAAAUGGAUUAGAACAGGUAUGGUUCUCAGCAUCUGGCAGUUUUGAAGGAGAGGAAUAGCCAGUGUGUCAGUGAGGUCCUCUCUGUGGGAUCUGCUGGCACCCACAAAAGGAAAGGCAGCCACUGGGGACAGUGGUUGGUAACACACAUGGGAUGUUUAUGUCCUCCUUUCCACGGAGAACGUAUGGGACCUGGAGGAAACUGUUCCAAAGAGUGGGAUGCUGGCUCAGUGCUACAGGGGAGCUCUGCUCACUGUUUGGUUUUAUGGACACAAUCCACAGUGAGACAGUAGAAGACAAAAAAAAAAAAAAAAAAAAGUAUGAUGUAAGACUCACACUCACCAAAGACAUGUUAUGUGUCCAUCUGCUCUGUUAGUUGUUCCUUUGGAACAUUUGUUCCAAACCAGACCUAACUGCUUCCAAAGCAGUGAUGCCAAUGCACAGCAGUAAAAUAACACAGCAGUUUGGUUCCUAAAGCACACACUGAUGGUGUCUUUGGAUAAGUGGAAAAGGAAAUACGUAUAUUUGAGUUAGAACUGGAAAGAUAGUUGUUUCUCUUAGUGGAAAUAAGUAUUGGUAUUUAUGACUAGAUAUCAUUUAAUUUAUUUUAUCACUGAAUAAAUGGUCUCAAAAGGGAACACCCUGAACCUAUCCUACAUAUCCCUAGACCUAAGUAGGCAAUUUAACUGUCUGUUCCAUACACUUAAUUCCUACUGGCAGAAGCAGGAGACAAGUCACAGGAAGGGUCUGCUGAGGCUUGGAUUAUCCUACCUGACUGCAUGCACCUAAAUGUAAGCUCCUUUGUUGUGAGCUGACUCUUUAAACCAGUGAUGAGUGAGAAUCAUGUCAAGAAAAAUUUGGCUCACCUAAGAACUUAGUAGCCCUCUGGAGACACCUGGGUCUCUCCACUAAGGAUGGGCACUACACCACAUGUUUAAAGUAUUGCAGGAUGAAUGUGAACCUGGCCUGUAAUCUCAGCCUUUAUCAGUCCUGUACUGAUUUUCUUGACUAUAGACUUCAGGUUUUGGUCAUUCCAGCAAAAAGAUUAGAUAAAGAAAUAGUACUUUUGGAGGCACAUCUCCUCUGUUCCCAAAUUAAAGCCUUUAUUUGGGGGG